AGAAAAAUCAAAGUGGCCUACAGUAUCUUGCAAAACUGAUAUUGGAUAUAUUGAUUAGACCAACUGCAAAGCGCUCUAUUUGACGAAUUCAGCUACCGUGACUAUUUCGAUGCAAUGAAGCGUCUGGGGAAAAAUAAAAAGAAGCGUUGGCAGUAUUGCUACAAAGAUCUUGAGUCCAAGCUGCAAGAUGCUGAAAAGCAUAGAAAAAUAAUCAAGCAAGGCUUUACUGAAGUAUCUACAUGUAUAAAGAAACGUCCUAUCGUGAAAGGCGAUAAGGAUUCCGCAAAGUCGUUCCGAGAUAUACCAUCCGCAUCAGAUGGAAAAAUACGUAUCCCGCGGACAGAUAUCCAGAAAAAGCGUCGUUUGGAGAAAGAUGUCUGGGAAGAUAAUUCGCUGACUGCCCUGCCAACUGUUAAACAAGAUGCUAGUAAAAGUGCAGAAGAAACAAAGAUCAGUGUCCCUCUACCGUGCGCCGGACAGUCAUAUAACCCGACAUUGCAGGACCAUCUUUCUCUAAUGUCACGAAUUGAAAUGAUUGAAUCAGCCAAAAGAAAACGCGAAAUGAAAACGGAGCGUUUUGUCGAGAGUCUCAGGGGCGUGAAAACGGAAGUGAAUCCCGUGAGAGAUAUGAAGAAGUUCUUACAGUCACUAAAUGAUAAGCCUCAGUUAAAAAGUGAAAAUGAAGAACCUGAAGUUUUACCUCGUUUGAAAAAGCCCAAAAAGGUGAAUGUCCAGAAGAGGAUGAAACACGAACUUGAAAACCUGCCAAAACUACUUAAAGAAAUAAAACGCGAGAAAACAGCUAGAUCACUGCGCAAAUCGUCAAAAGCGGCAAAGCGGGAAAUGCGCAACAAACUGAAAACGAUGGAUAUGAACAUCCCAUUCCACUUGCCUAAUGAAAUACCUUCGUCGCUGAGGAAGCUUUGUGUAAGCAUGAGUUUGUUUUAGAUUCUUUCAGUUUUUCUUUUGAGUAAGACUUCAACAUGUCCAAUGUACUUUAGUCUCAAGUAGUGCUGCUUUUUCUGUGAUAAUGAAGACAGCAGUCAGCACUCCCCAUUUUUGUGUUAUGGAUAGCAAAAAUGAAGUUAUGGAAGUGUGUUAAUAGAUUGAUUGCAAUGUUGGGAAAAAUCUUCUCUAAGGUCCUUAUUUUGUGUGUACUUUAGACAAUAUAUUGUGGAAUUAGCCACCACAGUGAUUGCAUGUCAGGUGAUAGAAAGUGAUU